AUGAUUAACAUAUUUUUUCACCUUUAUCUAUCUCUCUAUUCAUAUGUAUGUAUCUAUCUAUCUCAGUCUGUUCAUAUCUAUCUAUCUAUCUAUCUAUCUAUCUAUCUAUCUAUCUAUCUAUCUAUUUCAGUCUGUUCAUAUGUAUGCAUAUAUCUAUCUCAGUAUGUUCAUAUCUAUCUAUCUAUCUAUCUAUCUAUCUAUCUAUCUAUCUAUUUCAGUCUGUUCAUAUGUAUACAUAUAUCUAUCUCAGUAUGUUCAUAUCUAUCUAUCUAUCUAUCUAUCUAUCUAUCUCAGUCUAUUCCUUCCUAUCUAUCUAUCUAUCUAUCUCAGUCUGUUCAUAUGCAUCUACACUUAGAAAAUAAACAUAUCUAUCUAUCUAUCUAUAAUUCUCAAUCUGUUAAUAUCUAUCUAUCUAUCUAUCUAUCUAUCUCAGUUUUCUAUCAAUAUCUAUCUAUCUAUCUCAGUCUGUUAAUAUCUAUCUAUAAUUCUCAGUCUGUUAAUAUCUAUCUAUCUAUCUAUCUAUCUAUCUAUCUAUCUCAGUUUGUUAAUAUCUAUCUAUAUAUUACAGUUUAUCAAUAUCUAUUUCAGUCUAUCAAUAUCUAUCUAUCUAUCUUUCUUUUUCAGUUUGUUAAUAUCUAUCUAUCUAUCUAG